UGAUGAUACUCGGCCUGGCAAUGGGCUUUAAAUGCAUACUGUUGGCUACGGCCUUGCUAGCUAUCUCGGUAGCCGCACUUACCGAGAAAGCUCGCUACGACUACUACCGUUUGUAUCGUACCAAAAUCGAAACGAUGGAGCAUCUGGAGGUGUUGCAAGCUGUCGAACAGCUCGGCGAGGGUUACAGCUUCUGGAGUGAGCCGGUGCAUUUGGAUAGCGAGGUAGAUCUGGUCGUUCCACCACACAAGUUUGCAGAAUUCGGAGAGCUGGUUGAGCGAUACGGGUUGAGUGUGGAGUUGAGUGUUUCGAAUCUGCAGGAGCUGUUUGAGAACGAAAUAAGCAGGAAAACGCGGGAGGCGUUCGGGUGGAAUGCCUACUACACGUUGGAGGAAAUCUACGCAUGGAUGGAUGGGUUGGUCCAGCAGUACCCAGAUGUACUGACACCGAUCGUGGGUGGACAUUCGCACGAAGGUCGUGAAAUUCGGGGCGUGAAAGUGUCGUACAAGGAGGGAAAUCCAGGAGUGUUCAUGGAGGCUACGAUUCAUGCCCGUGAGUGGAUUAGUGGGGCAACACUGACCUGGAUCUUGAAUGAAUUGCUCAGCUCUGGUGACGAGAAGGUGCGACAUAUUGCGGAGAACUACGAUUGGUACUUCUUCCCGAUCACCAAUCCGGAUGGAUAUGUGUACACGCACACGACCAACCGACAGUGGAGGAAGACCCGCAAGCCGCACAGUAUUUUGUGCGUAGGAGCUGAUCCAAACCGGAACUGGGGAUACAACUUUAUGCAGGGAGGUGCUUCGAAUGUACCCUGCUCGGAUACCUAUGCUGGACCAUCGGCAUUUUCGGAAGACGAGACUCGCACGCUGUCGGAGUACUUCACGUCGGUGCAACCCAAAAUCAGUACCUACCUGUCGUUCCACGCCUAUUCUCAGCUGCUACUCUUGCCCUAUGGACAUACUACGGAGCCAAUGGAUAACUACGACGAAAUGAUGGAAGUCGGUACCAAGGCUAUUACGAAGCUGAAAGAGCGAUACGGGACGGAGUACAAGAUUGGAAACAUUGCAGAAGCGAUUUACAUAGCUUCGGGCGGCAGCAUUGACUGGAUCAAGGGCGUCUACAAGACGCCUAUCGUUUUCUGCUACGAACUGCGGGAUACCGGACGGUUUGGUUUCGUACUGCCACCGGAUCAAAUCAUUCCCAACUCGGAGGAAACGUUGGACUCGCUCAUAGUGAUUCUGGAAGAAGGCGAGAGUCGAGGACUACACAAGCUCUAAUCGAUGGAUACUUGAAGAUCUGUUUACUUUACUACCGAGUGUUAAAUAUACAAUGCUUUUAUUAAUCCAAGCAA